AUGGCACAGAACCAAGCUGAAGUCGAUGCGUUCCAUAAAUCUGCUUUUCCUAAUGCAAACGAAAUGAGAAAAUAUCUCACUACAGAGUCGGAGAGCUGGGAUAAGGUCUGGUCUAACGGUCUUACUCCCUGGGAAGCGGGCACAUCCGACAUUCAACCUCCACUCAGGUGGCUUGUUGAGUCGGGCGAAGUGCCAUUUCCCAAAGAAGGCAAAGCGUUGGUUCCAGGGUGUGGCAGGGGGUUCGACACUAUAUACCUGGCCUCUGCUUUAGGAUGGAAGACUGUUCUAGGCUACGACGUGUCGACUACCGCUGUGGCAGCUGCUAAUGACUUUUUAAAAACCAAGGGAGUUCCUCCCUCCGUGGCUGCCAGCGUCAAGUUUGAUGCUGUUGAUUUCUUCAAACUUGACCUGCCCGACGAGGAGAAAUUCGACUUGAUCUACGAUUAUACGUUCUAUGUCGCAAUUCCUCCCUCCAUGCGCCCAGCAUGGGGAUCGCAGAUGCAGUCACUUGUAAAACCGGGAGGGUAUCUGAUUACUCUGAUGUUUCCUCAUGUACCAGAGCCAUACAAAUUAGGUCCACCAUUUUGGUCCUCGUUUGAAAAUUAUGUCGAGGUUUUGGGCGGCUCGAAUGGAUCAGGCGGUGCCAAUGGAUGGGAGAUCGUUUACAACAAAAUACCGCCCCUGGAAAUACAAAGCGAAGUACACAAGGGCAAGGAUAGAAUGGUCGUUUGGAGACGGGUUUGA